AUGAAUUCUCGUCUUAGUGGUGAUGAUCGUUAUAGUUCUACAAGUCAUGGAAAAUUUAGAUUAUUUCAUUUCAAAUCUGAAAUAGCAAAAUUUCUAUUAACAAAACUAAAUAUUCAAAUAUUCCCAACAGCAGCUAUUAGUUCAUCAAUAAAUGUUUAUCGAAGUGAUGAAGAAAAUGAACCACCAACAAAAAAACUACGUGAAGCCAGGUCCAGUGUAACAAAUGUAGUACGAUAUGAUAGUUCUGAUCAUUGGCCUUUAUUUAUUUCUGCUCUUAACAGUACUCGAUGUCCAUUUAUGCCUUAA